CCCUGUCGGUCCGUAUUUAAAUCCCCGUAUUCUACCGUCUGCUCCCACGUCACCUAUUCCUGUUGAUCUCCCUCUUGCCAACUGUAACCCAAAGACUCGUCUCGUUUGCUCUCGAUCGCCAAGCGAUGGCGGGUGAGCAGAACACGCCGGCGGUGGUGGAGGAGAAGGUCCAGGAUUCGGCGCCGGCGGAGCCCGCGGUGGAGGAUCCCUCGGCAAAGGCCGUGGCCAAGUCGAAGAAGGCCAAGGAGCCCAAGGCCAAGAAGCCUUCGGCUCCCAGGAAGCCCCGAUCUCCUCCUACUCACCCCCCUUACAUCGAGAUUAUCGGAGAGGCGAUCACGGCGUUGAAGGAGAGGACUGGAUCGAGUCAGUACUCGAUCACCAAGUUUAUUGAAGACAAGUACAAGGCUCAAGUGCCCCCUAACUUCCGCAAGCUUCUCCUGCUGCAGCUCAAGACCAGCGGCAAGCUCAACAAAAUCAAAAACUCCUACAAGCUCCCACCCUCUCGCCCGAAGUCUGCCUUCUGUUGGAAAAAUUUAAAUGCGCAUGCAGCCCUAGAGCUUCUGUAAAUUAAUCGUGGACGUCAGUGCCUGCUGGCCGCGAGAAUAGCGUGGAUGCGUUCGUAAAAGGCGCGCAUUCAUAAAAAUUACAAAAAAAAUUUUAUAAAUAUUUUUAUAAAUAUUUUUUAUUUUUUAAUUUAUGAUUUAAAUUUAUUAAAUAAAUAGAUUUAUUUUAUACUAGAAUAGAUUUUAUUUUAUACUAUAAUAAAUUUAUUUUGAUGCUAAAUAAUAUACAUAUAUAUUAUUCUAUUUAAGAUUUUUUAUUAAUUAUAAUUAUUAGAUUUAUUUGCUUAUUUAGAUGAUUUAUUGCUAACCAUUUAAAGAAAUUUUAUUUUAUUUUUUUGUUAGUAAUAAAAAAUUUUAGUUUAAGUUUAUUAUAUUUUUAAUAGGAUUUUUUUUUAAAAAUAAUGAUCUAAUUCGAUAGGAAGUUUGGAAACAUAAAAAAAUAUAAUCUUAGUUAUUUUAAAAUGUGGGGGGUGCUUGACAAAAGUUACAAAUAGUCUAAUUAAAGGCAGGUCGAAGCACGUAAAUAAUGUCUAAAAGAAGUAUUUGUCUUAAAGUAUGGAUCUUUCGAUAAUUUUUUUGGAGAUAUGAUGAUCUAAUUUUUUUUUUUGGUAUGUCUCGAAAGAAGUCAAAUUGUCGAAUCCGUUCGAAAUUACAGAUUUAGUAAAAAACGAAAUAAAAAAUAAAAUAAAAUAUAAAAAGAUAAAAAAUAAAAGUGGCUAAGAGGAGGAAGUAUUUUUUUAAAAAUAUUUUUAAUAUUUUUUUUGUUUAAAAUUAAAUAAAAUAGAAAGUAUUAAUUGAAAUUUUUUUUUGUACAUAUGUCCGCGCCUUUCGCGGACGCGUCCGCACUGUGGUCGAGACAUGUGUCUCGGCCGCAUACAUAUUUAAAUUUUUUCAAUAUCUUUACUUCUGCUCCGGCAAAAUUUAAUCUCAUGUCGAAGCCCAAGCUCAAGCCCAAACCUUCUGCGGCCACCAAGAUGAAGCCGAAGCCGGUGGUGACCAAGCCCAAAGCUUCGGUGAAGCUGAAACCUGCGGGGAAGGUGGCCAAGUCGAAGAUGAAUAGUCGGCUGGGGAAGGCAGCCAAGGGCUCCCCUCAGAAGAAAACGGUUCCCCCGGCGAAGCUCAUGGUCGCUCCCAAAGAAGGCUGCGCCGAAAAAGAUGAAAGUCGGGAGGAUUGGUGCCGAGGCCUUCGACGAAGAAGGCCCCUUCCAAGAUUAAAAAGAAGGAGACGUUGUAGGGCAGUUUGUAAAUUUGAUAGUCUUGUAGGGGUAUAUAAGUACCUGCAUACCUCUUUUUAAUUCUUUUUAAUUUCUUUUAGGGUUUCUUUGGUUGGAACUGACAAAAAUAUAAUUUUGGAAGGAAAUAAAUUUUGUUAUAUUUGGUUGGU